AUGCAUCUAUCUGCCCCCAGACGUGUUGUGGACAAAUGCACCCCACGGGACAAGUACGCCCGGACGCACGUACAUCUAAAGAGUUCAUUCCUCUCGAGCUCUGAUGAUUUGGGUGUAAAGACCCCCAGCCCACCUUGGGUCCGCGCGUAUAACUCACGACAACGCUCACAGUCUUCCGCAGAUACCCAAGGCUGGAAGCAUCUGCCAACCCCCAUCCGACCAACCUUCCGCCCGCGUGACUAUGCGUCACCACCACUCACUGCGGAUGAUAUUUCUGAGUCGCACUCGAACUCUUUCAAAGUCCUACACCGGUCGCUACAUCACCUUGAUUUUGAUCCAACUUGCCUUGACCGCCUCGAUGAACAGCUCCUCCUUUCUCCAACUGAGUCAUUCGUAGACGUAUGCUACUCUGAAGCUGUCCACGACGAGAAAAUUUCUGUUCCUAUGCUCCAGCCCAUUCAGCCCCGUAUACGUAAAAGCACGAGGUUGUAUGACCGUACAGCUGCCACUGAUGAGGAUCCUUUCCACGAUUGGGAUGAGAACUACUCCGUCAAGUUCAAAAAGGCUCGCAAGAAAGCAUUACCCCCACCCCCACUCCCAGAACUGCCAGAAACGUCGCUUCCCAGAACGAGUCACCAGGACUCAAUGCUAGCUCUUCUGGAGUCACAUAUCCUUUAUCACAAUCCCAACGAAUCUGUUCACUUCUUCCCAGUUUCUACGCAACGUUGCAGCGGGGAAUCGCGAAAAUCCUCUCUCGAAGCUCCCUCUGUCACACCUACGGGGUCGAAUGGCAGAUUCAGACGCAUUUCUGAUGCGCUGACUGGCCGUUCUCGAAGGCCAACUGCUUAA